UUGGAUCCUUUAAAUAUACAUUCAGGAACUAAAUAUGUGUUGCAAAAGUUUGAAGAAAAAAUAAAAGAUACAAUAAUGGACUGCAAGAGAAUGAAGUGCUCCUCCUUUAACUGCACCAUUGACCCAUCUGACAGCACACACAUCAACGUAUCAUUAAGAAUAUGGAAAGCAACUUUUAUUAAGGCCAGUAUCUACAGCCUGAACCUUGUUUUAAAUGCUGCACUGAAAAGUGAGAAUGAAAUAGUCAUUUUAAGAAGAGACAGUGAAAAUUAUGAGACAAUGAUUAAACUGUCUAAAGAGUUGGAGUACGGGAAGGUGCCAAUCUGGGUCAUUCCACUAAGCAUCAUUAUAGGGUUACUCAUAUUAGCGCUUAUCAUUUUUGCAAUGUGGAAG